CUGAACUAGUUUUUUCUUUUUUCUAUUUCUUUUUUUUUUUUUGCUCCUCUCUCUCUCUCCCUUUCUAAACUUCUCUCUAGAACAUUAACAAUUCUGUUGUUGAACAAUUGAUUGAGUGAUGAUUCGCAUAAAGAAAGAUGAGAGAGAGAGAGAGAUGGGAAAAGAGGGUGUUUGGGUUUAGCAAUUCUUAUUGGUAACUAGCUAGCUAUCAUUCCAGAUUUUCUUGUUUCUUGUUUCUUGUUUCUUUGAUGGGUUCAGAGGUGGAUGAAGUAGCACAAAGAUGGAGUUUUUUGUACUCGAAGGAGACAAAAAUGGCUUCCAUAAUUCCACACUAUAGUGUCGUCUUCUUUUUUCUCUGUAAAAAGAUGGAGUCUUUUAGUUUGCUGUACUUCUAAACACCUAAAGAAUCCAAGCAAAAAGCAUAUUAUAUUAUAUGUAUAUAUAAGGGGUGACCUGAUCUGAUCUAAAUUUGUAAAACUGUGUUCAAGAAGUGGAACCACUUGGUACUACAUACUUCACUGAUCAAUUAUAGCCAUGAAGAGAUCACUUGGUAGCUCUGAUUCCUUGGGUGCUUUGAUGUCCAUCUGUCCAACCACCGCAGAUGAGCCCGGCCAUGUGUACUCGAGGGAGUUCCAGACGAUGCUGGAGGGGUUUGAAGAAGAAGAAUCAGGAGGAGGGGCAAUGACGAUGAUGGAGAAGAAGAGGCGUCUGAGUGUGGAGCAGGUGAAGGCUUUGGAGAAGAACUUUGAGGUGGAGAACAAGCUGGAACCGGAGAGGAAAGUGAAGCUGGCUCAAGAGCUCGGCCUGCAGCCUAGACAGGUGGCUGUUUGGUUCCAGAACCGCCGCGCGCGGUGGAAGACGAAGCAGUUGGAGAGAGAUUACGGUGUCCUCAAAACCAACUAUGAUUCCCUCAAGCUUAAGUUUGAAGCUCUCCAGCAUGACAAUGAAUCUCUCCUCAAAGAGAUCGGCGAGCUGAAGGCGAAGCUGGACGGAGAAAAUGGAGAGAGCAAAGUUACGGUUAAGGAAGAGGCGGUGGAGUCGGAGAGCGACGAGGAGGCGAAGCAGGACGAAACUGCAGAACUCAACCUCGAGGAUUUUCAUGGCGGCGGCGGUUUAGUCACCGCCUCACUUUUCGCCGACUUCAAAGACGGGUCGUCGGACAGCGACUCCAGCGCCAUCUUGAACGAGGAUAACAGCCCCAAAGCUGGCGCCGCCGCCAACGCCGCAGGCGGUGCCAUCUUUAUGAUAUCAAACGCCGCCUCUUUCUCCUCGCCGCCAUCAAUCAACUGCUACCAAUUCUCGGAGAAUCCGAAGACGGCGGCCGCCUUUCUCGGCGAUGUUUGUGGGAAGGCGGCGGCGGCGUAUCAGCCGCAGAUGGUGAAGAUCGAGGAGCAUAAUUUUUUCGGAGGCGAAGACUCAUGCAGUAGUCUGUUCUCAGACGAGCAAGCUCCCAUACUCCAUUGGUACUCACCGGAAGUAGACUGGAAUUGCACCUCAUGAUCAUCAUUAAGAUCCCAGAAAGAAGAAAUAAGAGAUCGAAAAACAAAUUAAAUUUGUAAAAAAUGAAAAAUUAAUCAUGUGAAUUAUGGUGGGUGUAUUGUAGAAACGAAACGAAACGAAGCUGUCUUGGUUCUUGAAUUCAAAAAUCAUAAUCAUAGGUAAAGCCAAGAAUGAAGAUUGAAGAUUGAAGAAGAUGACAGAAAUGGCAGGGGGAGUUCACGUGGGGCGUAGGGGUGAGUGGGCCAGGAUGAUGGGGGGAAGAAAAGUAGGAUGGAUCAUGGAUGGGCAUUGCAGAUUUGCAGGCAAGGAGGGAGGAGAUGAUGAUUAGAUCGUCAUUUGAAUCUCUUUUAUCUUUUCACCCUCCAAACAGAAGAAACAAAGAAAUCAUCCCAAAUUAUCAAAGCUUUCCUGUAAUAAUGCUUAUAAAGGUGGAUCGUCUACACCCAUGCAUCCAAUAAUUACACCAUCGUUUUUUUACUAA